CGCGACGAGAGCUGAGAGUGCAAGCAUGGCUUUACGAUACUUGGUUUCGUUGUCCUUGACGGUCGUAGUUCUGGCCGACCAGACCUCACACGCCAGCAUCAGUCUCGGCGGUGCUCCUGCUGUCAGCCAUCACAGUUCCUCUCACCACGCACGCACUUCAUACCACCAUCAACCUACGUACCAUACACAACCCUCUUACCAUCCACAACCUUCCUACCACCCUGCUCCCGCUUAUCACACACAGCCUGCUGUGCCAGAAUGUGCUGCCAACACAACCAAAUCUUGGUGUCUCCAAGACGACCAUUAUCCCACCUACGAGAUCAAACACGCAGCCGAGUAUCACUAUGAGAAGCUUCUCUCCCUGUAUGCUGACGUAGCUGACCUCAACACUGAGCUAUCUGUGGACCGACCAAACACCCUGGUUGAGGAAACUUACUUGUGUCCAUCAGAGACCGCUUACGUCAGGCCCCUUCGUGCCCAGAACACUGAGGGAAAAUGGCGUGUCGUUGUAAACAAUAUCGAUGUCCAUUAUCAGACUCUCACUCAGACUACACGUAUCGAAGAGUGUCUCACUUCCGGCGAUGCAUGUCCUCUGGUGCCUGACUGCUACGAGUCCAAGUGUCUGCAGAAGUCCAUCUACCACCGCUUCCUUGUCUACGACUCCUAUGAUCAGUAUUUCCCCUUCGCCAUCGAGACAUUCAAGCUUCCCGCCAGCUGUGCUUGUUUCUUGGGAGCCUACACCAUCGAUCAUUAGUCACCAAAACCUGAUCUAAAGCCACGUUGUGAGGGGAGGGGGAGAUGAACUUAAUUCAACACUUUCUUAUCAUUCUUAGCGCUCUGGGAACACGGCAUACCGCCCAUGGAAAGUCGCCAAGUACAUGAAGAAUGCAGUUUCCUAGCCAAUUUUUGUGAUAAUAUCUACAGAAACGAUAAGAACUGAUUAAAAAUGACAUCGAAAUCCUUCUCUUUUGUGAAAGAUGAAAAUAAAUAUUAUUUUACGUA